AUGAAGACCUGUAUGUUACGAGAAAUUGACGCGCAAGUGGCGCGAGUAAAUCCACAAGGAGAGUGUUCUUCGUCACCCGAGUAUGUGUUUGUCAUCCGACCACGGAGUCCAAACCACAACGAAGGAGAAGCUGCUCGGCGACAGGACUUGGAUCACACGACUCUCGACAAAGACAAGGUACCAGUAGUGCACGAGGUCUUACACACCUACAGUCAAUGUCGAACGCUAUACCGAGAGCUACAACGUCUAACCGAUUGUACUAAUGUGAAGGCGUGCAGUUGCGCGCUUGGGUCGUGUCCUUUCUGGUCACUAUUUGCGGUGCUGGGUAGUCUUCAUUUUCCUAAACGGACGCUAUUCAACCGCCAGUCCACAAGCAUUUUCACACAGCGGAUGCAAGCACUUAACACAUUAAUACGCACUGUGCUAGUUGUACUGCGAACAACCUACCGCAUUCAUCACUUUCAUAACUACAACACACCGGUCGGAGCCCGUGCAUGUAAAGUUCUGGUCGUGUUGUGUCGGUUCCUCGGUCUAGACAACGCGGACGUGGAACAGCAUUUGCUUGAAAGUGGCGAGCGGCUUUUACCUGCGAUGAAGGCGACCUUCAUUGACCGCAAGUCUAUGGAACUGCGCGAAUCGCUAGCAAUAUUUAAAGACGAGGAGAAAGCUUUGACGAGGAUUAUGUCAGAUGACAAUGAAGACCAACAGCGUCGAAGCUCUGUACUACUUGUGUCGAGGUGA